GUGAGUUCAAGGCCAGUCAGGUCUGUAUAGAGAAUUCCAGGACAGCCAGAACUACAUUAGAGAGACCCUGUCUCAAACAAGCAAACAAAAAAAACCUGAAGAAUUUUUUCCCAAGCUUCAUUGUUUAUUGAUGUACCAUCAAUGCUAGACAUUAUGUAAUAAUUAGGGGUUCAUUAGUGGGGAUACAGAUUUGCUUUACUGUAUUAUGUGAGGUGAAAAGACCCACCCUAAAACUAGCCACAUCUUCUAGCAGCAGUCCCUAUAAAAGGAUGCAGAAUCCAAUGUGGAUCUUCAAUCCCAGUACAGUGAGGGGGGAGGGGGAAAGUGAGGAGGGAAGAUGAAUCUUUGUGAGUUUGAAGCUAGUUUGGUCUACACAGAGAAAUCCUGCCUCAAAAAGAAAAAAACAAUACAAAUAGGGAUGAGAAGAGGGCCAGAGCAAAUCAGCGAGGUUCUAAGGUCCUAAUAAGAUUUUACUUUUGGUCUUUAACUUGGGAAAUAAAAGAAUAUAAACACUGCUUCCAAUCUAAGCUGCUCUCUGCAAACCAAAACCCCAAACAAAGUAGGGCAUAAACUUGUCCUGCAGGUAGUCAAGAUACCUAGCGAUUGUGACCACUGACCACGCCCCCAAGGGCGGAGCACUACACGUAACUUAAGGGAUCUUUGCCAAAGUCCGUAGGGAUACGCCUGCGACUCCUGCGCAAGCCAAAGGGCCCAUUUUUCCACGCCCCUAGUUGCGCGCGCAAUGACGCAAGCCCGUCGGCGCCAUUUUAGCCGGUCACGCUGCACUGGUGGGCCUGGCGGCCAUUUUGUUUUGGACACCAAGCGGGAGUUGGCGGCGCCGGCUGUGGUGGCACAGACGAAAGGCAGGAAAAGGCUGGCUUGACGAGCGGGAGGAUCAGUCGGCUAAAUACUCAACCCACAACAAGGGAGCCUCGCAACCUACCGUUUAAGCAUCUAACCCAACCGCCCAGCUAGUUAACCCGAGCGGUCCGCCGUCAGCUCGGGUUCGGCCGGCCUCCGGCCCGCCCGCCGCAGCCGUGGUGGCAACCCCGGGAGGAGCGCUGGCGUCCAUCUCCUUCGGUGAGUUUCUGUGGUGAAAGCAGAGGUGGAGCGCCGAGGGGGCGCGGGACAUGGCGCGGACGGCAGGUGCGGAUGGGGCUGAGAUUCUCGGGAUUUGAAGAUGGCUGCACAGUCAGCGCCGAAAGUUGUGCUAAAAAGCACCACCAAGAUGUCUCUAAAUGAGCGCUUUACUAAUAUGCUGAAGAACAAACAGCCGAUGCCAGUGAAUAUUUGGGCUUCGAUGCAGCAGCAGCAGCAGCUAGCCAGUGCCAGAAACAGAAGACUGGCCCAGCAGAUGGAGAAUAGACCCUCUGUCCAGGCAGCAUUAAAACUUAAGCAGACUUUAUAUCCAAGUCCGGACAGUGGCUGUGGAAGGAUAUGUCCAAGCUGCGGCUGGGCGUCCAGAGGGCGAUGCCAUGCAACUAAGAGCUUAAAGCAGCGCCUGGGUAAGAGUAAUAUCCAGGCACGGUUAGGCCGACCCAUAGGUGCUCUGGCCAGGGGAGCAAUUGGAGGAAGAAGCCUUCCCAUAAUCCAGAGAGGCUUGCCCCGAGGAGGACUACGUGGGGGACGUGCCACCAGAACCCUGCUUAGGGGUGGGAUGUCGCUCCGAGGUCAAAACCUGCUCCGAGGUGGACGAGCCGUAGCUCCCCGAAUGGGCUUAAGAAGAGGUGGUGUUCGAGGUCGUGGAGGUCCUGGGAGAGGGGGCCUAGGGCGUGGAGCUAUGGGUCGUGGCGGAAUCGGUGGUAGAGGUCGGGGUAUGAUAGGUCGGGGAAGAGGGGGCUUUGGAGGCAGAGGCCGAGGUCGUGGCCGAGGGAGAGGUGCCCUCACUCGCCCUGUAUUGACCAAGGAGCAGCUGGACAACCAAUUGGAUGCAUACAUGUCGAAAACUAAAGGACACCUGGAUGCUGAAUUGGAUGCCUACAUGGCACAGACAGAUCCUGAAACCAAUGAUUGAAGCCUGCCUGCCUGCCUGCCCACCUGUUAGACUCUUGUUAAAGUCACCACAUCUAUACAACAACCUUGAGAAAACAUGAGAAGAAACGUGAUCGAUGCUGGAAGGACAUGUCACAAUAGGCUGUGGACUUACCUGCCACCAAUUGGUGCAUUUAGUCCCUUCCGUCUACUUUUUGAUACUGUGUUAUAUGAAACCCUAUUUUCCUUUAAUUUGGUUGAGUUUGUUUUGUUGUUUAUUCAGUCACCCAGACUUCUAUUUGAACAGGAAUGCGUUGGCCUUGUGAGUAGAACAAUUUUCCAACCUCUGCCUGUCAUAUACUCUUGACAUUUUUAAAUAUUUCCUCUGUUGAUUUGUAUGAUCCCAGGAGGAGCCAGUAUUCUCACUAUUGGGUGGUCUUUGGGAUAGAGUUCUACAUCUUUCUUUAAAAGCUUCUUGUUAAUAGCUGGAACUAAAGGUGUGUGUGCUGUGUUGAUAGUGAAGGUAGUAAAUUGGAAACGUUGGUAUUGCUACUGGGCCACAGAAUGGGUUACAUAGGGUGGCAACUUUGUUCUGGUCAAAGUUGGUGCCGCCUACAUUGAAACCACAUAGAUGGUAACUAACAAGCUAAAUUGGAAUUUCCACCCUAAGAAAAGGUUUUUAAGCUCUCCUUUUAGCUUUCUGUCAUACCCAAGAGGCUUCUGCACCUCUCUAUAGAAGAAGCAGCCUUUGGUGUGGCUUAGUGGCAGAUGAGACAAGGGUUGGAAACUGGUUCCAAACUGACUGCUGGGAAGGCUCCUGUGCUGUUCAUGCUGAAAUGCAGUUCCCUGUGUUUGUCCAGAAGCAGCCUGGGUCUGAUCCACUUCACUGGCUUUAUUGGGCCCUCUUGAAGGUUUAAGUUCAACCAUAUUUUGUCAGCUAUUCAGUUUCAGUGGAAUCUUGUAUUUCUGGUUCAUUAUAACAAAUUGUUCUCUCAUUUAACCCAGGCUUUCUGUUUAUUUUGGGGGGGUCCUUAAAAUGUUAUAUAGCCAUUUUUGUGGUGUGUUAAAAUUCCUGGGAUGAUAACAAACCUUUAAUCCUACCACUUGGUAAGCAUAGGCAGGUGGUUAUCUGUGGGUUCCAAGGCCAGCUUGGUCUCAGAGUUAGUUACAGGAUAACCAGGGCUACACCAGCCCUGUCUUGGAAAAAAGAAAUAUUCUAGGGGUAGGGGAAAUGUUGCUUUGUGGUAGAAAGUAAAACUUGGACUCUCCUUUGACGAAACUCUUAGGAAGUGUACACCUGCCUAGAAAGUACUAGUGGACUGUACUAUGGCUGUUUAGGGGAAAAGAUCACAACCCUCUUAACUGUGCUGUGCAUUUAAGAGCCAGGAAGGAAAUAAUUGAAGAUCACCUGAAUUUGAAUCCUUACUUGUUUGAGAUGGGGAAUCUCUGGGACCCAGGGAAGAUGGACUCUGUGGUAUAGGAAGCGGGUGCUUAAGGGUAGAUCUCAGCAAAGGGAAGUGAUGACUCUAGACCCCCUUUCUACUGACUGUCAUUCCUACUUUGUGAAAAAGUUCAAUUCCCCUACCAACCAUAGGCCCUUCAGCUUCAGGUCUACCUGCUGUGUGCAGUCCUCAGAGUCUCCUAAGGUCUUGUUGUCCACCAUUGCUUUCCUCUUUCCUGGUGAUGCCUCAGGUGGACCAGAGAGCAAACCUGACUCCUAUCUUCUGAGGACUUGCCUUCCAUCCAAGGUCUCACUCAUGGUGUCACAGAAGUGCAUUGGGAGAACAGAGGAAAGAUUUGACCAGCUAGAGCUGAAGCUCAGGAAAGUUUAAAGAUAGGUGGGAAGAGUUAGGACAAGGGCAAAAAAAAUUGUGAUACCACUGUGGAGAUUGCAUAUAAGUUUGAGGCUAGCCUGGGUUAUAUGUCAAAGAAGUUUCAAGCAAAGGCAAUAAAUACUGUGGUUACCACAUAGACAGAGAAA